AUGGAGUUCUGGCACUGCCAUAAACCUCAUGACCACGAACACCAAGAUUCCGAGUCUCUGGCCACCAAAGGUUACGGUGCCAACUCUGCUAUAUCAGCGCAGCAGGGUGUCGGCUUUGUCGACUUGACUUCAUUCCUGUUCACAGAAUCUGACUGCCGAGGCUUAAAAUAUUCUUCUUCGACAAUGGAUGCUGGGUUCGACAUGUUGUCUUUGGCGCUUGAGGACGAUGAGAGUAACAAGUUCUUACACGUAUUUUGUCGAAAGUGUGCAACAGAAGUAGGUCUGUACAACGUUGCGGCAUCAUCUGUUACUCUGUUUAAAUGGCAAAUUACUUGUCAAACCAAAACUCCAGAUCCCAACCCAAGCAGCCCAGAGUGUCUUGCAGCGACUCUCAUGGCUACAAUUUCGAGGUCGGGGUCAUCCAAGUCUAUCAUCACGCCGCAUGUGCUUGGAUCUGUAAAGCCGGGUUCAGCGGUUGCACGCCAGAACCUUCAUCUUUGGGUGUUGAAUCCCAAUGUGAUAUACACAGUAUCUUCUACCACUGGCUGCAAGACGGCUAUGAAGAUACUCUACAAGCAUAUCGACUCGGAAGAGGGCGAUAAGCUGAUUACAUCCAUGACCUCGGAUGUCCAGGAGAUUACUCUGCCAGAGACAGCCAUCAAAGCUGCAGAAGAGUGCUUGUUGGCGAGCAGUCAACUGCUGCCAGCUCAAGAACGGACUUUUAAGGAGUGGAAUGUCGGGUUGCUUGGAAGAUGGGAACCCUAUUCCUGA